GCCCUGUAGGGUUGGAAUCAAAACCGACAUUCUCUUUUCCCUUAUUGUUAUUUUUGACUUUUUUUUUUUAAUUAUUUCCGGGGUUGUGUAUAUGUGUGUGUGGGUGGUGCCUUCUUCUUAUUCUUCUUCUUCUUCUUCUUUUUCUCCUCCUUCCUUCCUCUUCUCCUUCCCUUCCUUCUUCUUCUCCUUCCUCUUCUUCUUUACUUACCUACCUCCUUCUUCAUUCUACUACUUCCUUCCUUCCUCCUUCGCCCACUGCCACAUCAGGCAACUGACUCGAAACUCCCGCUUCUUCUUCUCUUCUUCUCUUCUCUUCUUCUCUUCUCUUCUUCUCUUCUCUUCUUCUCUUCUCUUCUUCUCUUCUGGUUUUCUCUUCUUCUCUCUGCUUGCUUCACUUGCUUUGAAAAAGAUUUGAAAGAGAACCGCCCAGCAUGGCUGGAACCUCCGACGUGUCGCGUGUCGAGGCCCCGGUGACCCUGAAGGCGUAUCUGAUGUGCGCCUUCGCGGCCUUCGGUGGCAUCUUCUUUGGCUACGAUUCCGGCUACAUCAACGGCGUGUUGGGCAUGGACUUCUUCAUCGAGGAGUUCACCGGCCUGCGCAAGUCCGACUUCUCCCCCGACGAGGUCAAGGACAAGUUCGUCGUCCCGUCUUGGCAGAAGUCCCUCAUCACCUCCAUCCUCUCCGCCGGAACCUUCUUCGGCGCCAUCAUCGCCGGUGACCUCGCCGACUUCUUCGGCCGCAGGACCACCAUCAUCAGCGGAUGCGCCGUCUUCAUCGUCGGCGUCGCUCUCCAGACCGCAUCCACCACCGUCGCCCUCCUUGUCGUCGGCCGCCUGGUCGCCGGCUUCGGUGUCGGUUUUGUCUCCGCCAUCAUCAUCCUCUACAUGUCCGAGAUCGCCCCCCGAAGGGUGCGCGGCGCCAUCGUCUCCGGCUACCAGUUCUGCAUCACCGUCGGCCUGCUCUUGGCCUCCUGCGUCGACUACGGAACCCAGGAGAGAACCGAUUCCGGCUCCUACCGCAUCCCGAUCGCCCUGCAGAUGCUCUGGGCUCUCAUCCUCGCCGUCGGCCUCUUCUUGCUCCCGGAGUCGCCCCGUUACUACGUCAAGAAAGGCGACGUCGAACGUGCCAAGGCCGCCCUCGCCUCCGUCCGUGGUCAGCCGCUCGAUUCCGAAUUUAUCCAGCAGGAGCUUGCCGAGAUCGUCGCCAACCACGAGUACGAGCUGCAGGUCGUCCCCCAGGGCAGCUAUUGGGCAUCUUGGCUCAACUGCUUCCGUGGCUCGCUCUUCGAUCCCGCCAGCAACCUUCGUCGCACCAUCCUCGGUACCUCUCUCCAGAUGAUGCAGCAAUGGACCGGUGUCAACUUCAUUUUCUACUUCGGCACCACCUUCUUCCAGUCCCUCGGCACCAUCAGCAACCCGUUCUUGAUCGGCCUCAUCACGACCUUGGUCAAUGUCUGCUCUACCCCAAUCUCCUUCUGGGCAAUCGAGAGGAUCGGCCGUCGCCCCUUGCUCAUCUGGGGUGCUUGUGGCAUGUUCGUCUGUGAAUUCAUCGUCGCCAUCGUGGGUGUCACGGUUGGUGAAAGGCAGGAUGCCGUCAGGGCCAUGAUCGCAUUCAUCUGCAUCUACAUUUUCUUCUUUGCCAGCACGUGGGGUCCUGGCGCCUGGGUUGUCAUUGGCGAGAUCUUCCCGCUCCCUAUCCGUGCCAGAGGCGUUGGCCUUGCGACCGCAUCCAAUUGGCUCUGGAACUGCAUCAUCGCAGUCAUCACCCCGUACCUCGUCUAUUCCGACAAAGCCAACUUGGGUCCCAAGGUCUUCUUCCUCUGGGGCUCUCUCUGCGUCAUGUGUUUCAUCUACGCAUACCUCCUCGUCCCUGAAACAAAGGGUCUCACUCUCGAACAAGUGGAUAAGAUGCUCGAAGAGACUACCCCUCGUACUUCAGCGAAAUGGAAGCCGCAUACAACAUUUGCUUCGGAGAUGGGGCUUACGGAGAAGGCCACCCUUGAAGAAACUGUUGCCAUCGAAGUUAGUCCAGAUCACAAAGAGACGGUUUAAGCAGAUCUCUCUAAUUGCCUCGUCUAACUGAGUACUCAUCUUUUGUCGUCCUUUUUUUUUUUUUGCUUCACGAUAAUUCGAGCUUUUGAGUGGCGUUGUUUUCUUUUCCCAGCACAGGGGUUAUGGAGUUUGCUUUCUGUUAAUAUGGAUGGGCAUGUGGAUAAAAAAGGUAUGAGGGCAUAAUACCCGGAGGGAUUUGUUUUAAUUUGUGUGUCUGUGUGUGUUUAUUUAACGAGAGUUGUCUGCAAAUACGGCAUCAGUCCAACGGCAGAGAAUGCCAGGUUUUAAAGUACUGCAACGAUGAGUUUCACCCGUUAGCACUUCCAAUUUCUGUGGUGCCUGUUGUAGUAGAAUUGGAUCUUCAGAAGUGACUCAAACGAGGGUUUGCUCAUACGUGACGAUAAAAGGGAGGCAGUCACACAGUACCGCCGCCCUGGCCGAAUAGGGCUGGUCCCUUGCCGAUUCUGAGCCCCGGUCGCCCUGCUGCUUCAUGGCCCGCAGAGUACAUUCUGGGCCUCCCCGUUUAAGAGGUACGGGGUUCUCCGAACAUAACUACUCAAGAUUGGAGGUAUGUACUCCCCGCCUGCGCUGUUAUUGGGUAAACCUGUGUGCUGAGAGACUGGCGGGACCAUUUUUUUUUUUUUUUUGGCGCCAUUGUUGCACCCCGUAAAACCGUCCACAAAAGCUAUAUGGCUUGAAUGGGAGCAGCUCUCCUGUCAUAACUGUAGUAUCUGGAGCCGGCUUCAGCGGGGGGAGGUUUGAAAGUCUGUUUUCGCAGAAUGGGUUUCCCUGGAGAUCAAUAUAAAACAUAGAAACAGAGGUUUCUUUUUGGAGGGAAAAAAAAAAAAAUAAAAUAAAGGAUAUGUUAACCAUAUUCAGACCAGGGGACAACCCCUUUCACCCACUUUCUUGGUUUCUCAAAUGUUAUUUUCUUUUCUUUUUUCCUUUUUUUUUUUUUUUGUUCUUUAAUAUUGCCGGACUAACAUGAUCACUUUAGCGCAUUGGCGACAGGUGAAGAUGACGAAUGAAUUUGCUUGUGUGUGAUCCGAAAGCUGGGAAUUGUGCUUUUUCGCCCUCCUCCCGCUUUGGCAACUCCAGCAGCUGUUAGAGUGGCCAGGAGUCCUGUGGGACUGCGCGGCUUUUUCCGUCCGCGUAUGGUAUAUCGUUCGGUUUCUGCGGGAGGAACAUAGCUAACAAGCCACUUUUGCUCUCCUC